UAACAUUUUUAAUUAUGGCAUCGGAGCGUAUCAAGAGUUGUAAAAUGAUUAGAAUAUCCGAAUCAUUCCGCGAGGCUCCAUCUCACCACUUUCAUCUUCUCGGAUGUUCUUGCAGUCAAUAUCAAAAUUAAGAAUUUUAUGAUUUUCUUCGUGAAAAUCCGUCAUCAUUUUGUGUAUAACUCUGUCUUCUUGAAUUUUCAUCUCACAUUUACAACAUCUUUUUAUUAUUCAUCGCGCAAUCCUCACAAACCCUAACAAUCGACAACGUUUACCUAAGUCUUUCUUUCUGAAUUCUGGAGUUCGAAAAAAAUCUCUUUUUCAAUUCACAUAUCCCAUGAUUUAUUCAUCAUUAGAAAGUUUCCUUUGGUGAUCGUAUAUAACGGUUAUAUGGUGUUCCAAUCUGUCAAACAUUGUGAUAUAGUUUAUCCAAUUGCGAUUUCGAGGGUUUUGUGAAUUUUUUUGGGGGCAUAUUAAAUUAUGUCACCUGCGGCUCCAAUCGAGCCGACGAAGAAGACAUUGCCGGAAUCGUCGUCGUCGGGAGACUUAUCACCGGAGAGAACCGGUUUGGAGAAUCAUCGCCGUUUUGGAGACCUAAGAGGGGUUCAAUGGCGUAUAGAUUUGGGGAUUUUACCUCCUUCUUCCUCUUCCGUUGAUGAGUUUCGUCGUGUAAUCGCCAAUUCCCGUAGAAGAUAUGCAGCUUUAAGGAGGAGGCUUCUUAUCAAUCCUCAUAUUUCCAAAGAUGAAAGCAAUUUUCGUGAUCAUGUUAUGGACAAUCCUCUUUCACAAAACCCUGAUAGCAUGUGGGGUCGCUUUUUUCAUAAAGCUGAAUUAGAGAAAAUGGUUGACCAGGAUUUAUCAAGGUUGUAUCCUGAACAUGGUAGCUACUUUCAGACACCUGGUUGCCAAGGUGUAUUGAGAAGGAUUUUGUUGCUUUGGUGUAUUAGACAUCCAAACUAUGGCUACAGACAAGGAAUGCAUGAACUUCUUGCUCCAUUAUUAUACGUCCUUCAAGCCGAUUUAUCGCGUCUUUCACAAGUCCGAAAACAAUACCAAGAUUACUUCACUGACAAUUUCGACGGCUUAUCAUUCACCGAAUCCGAUUUCGAAAAAACCGAUGACAUCACAACCCAAAACAACCAAUCAAAACUCAACAACUUCCAUUCCCUCGACCCCAAAAUCCAAACAAUCAUCUCAUUUAGCGACGCAUACGGAGCCGAGGGCGAAUUAGGAAUUAUCCUCUCCGAAAAAUUCAUCGAACACGACGCCUACUCUAUCUUCGACGCUUUAAUGAACGGUGACAAAGGCGCAGUUGCCAUGGCAAACUUUUUUUCCCAUUCUCAGACAGGAAUACCCCCCGUGAUUGAAGCCUCAUCGCAAUUAUACCAUUUGUUAUCAAUCGUUGAUUUGUCUCUAUACACUCAUUUAGUCGAGCUAGGAGUUGAACCGCAGUACUUCGCGCUUCGAUGGCUACGUGUUCUUUUCGGACGCGAGUUUGCCCUCGAGGACCUUUUGGUCAUUUGGGACGAAAUUUUCUCCCUCGACAACGCUCGGUUAACUCCCUCGUCGGAAUCGGAAUCGGAAUUGAAUUCCGGGGUUUUGAAAUCGACACGCGGCGCGUUCAUUUCCGCGCUUGCGGUUUCGAUGAUUCUUUAUUUGCGGUCGUCGCUUCUCGCGACGGAAAACGCGACUUCGUGUUUGCAACGACUGUUGAACUUUCCGGAAGAUGUUAAUGUUGGGAAGCUUGUGAAAAAAGCUAAAUCUUUAAUGAAUGUCGCGAUCGAUGCGAUUAAUUCGGUUCAUGGAGGUGGGGCCCGGUUUAAGAGGAGUAAGUCGAGGAGUCACAGUCUCCCGUCUGACCCCGGGGCUGCCCCUCCGGGCAGCCCCGGGGUGCCCGAGAGUUAUUGGGAGGAGAAAUGGAGAGUUUUGUUGAAAGAAGAAGAAGAACAAAAACAAGCGAAUUUACAUAAACAUGUGAGAAACCGGAUUAAAGGGUGGUCAGAGAGAGUCAAGAUGCGGUUAUCAAGAACCGAAUCCGCGAGACUUCUUUCCAAAGUGAGUCAAAUCAAAACGGGCCCCACUCAGUCACAGCCACAGUUACAGUCGCCUGUUACAGUUACAAAAGCCAUGGCUAUGGAUGAAAGUCAUGAAGCCGCCUCGGUUUUUUCCGAUGCGGUUUCUCAUAUUGACAUGGAAGUAAGCAGUGUGGCGUCGAAUUCUUCGGUUAAUGAAGUGGCUUCACCUUUACCGGUUUCGGACCCGCCUGAAGAGAUUUUUAAUAAGGAGGGGCAAAGUGACAAUUCGCCAAAGUUGGGGGAGAAUUUUCGGGAAAGAAGAGUUCUUUCGGGAAAGUUUCCGUGGUCAUGGAUGUUUGCAAGAAAUGGGAAUGAGGGUUCUUCGUCUACUUCUGAGCCUGUUUUUGAAUUUGAUCAUUCAAAGAAUGGAAUGGCUAUACCAUCAUCAUCAUCAUCAUCAUCAUCAUCAUCAUCAUGUACAACUAGCAAACCGGAAGUUGUUGAACAGAGUUUGAAAAAUCUUGCUCGAUCCAUGAUUGAAAAUAUCGAGGUGAUUGAAUCUGUUUUCCAGCAAGAAAAAGACCAAAAUGACCCUAUAGAGAACUUUGUAGGCAGAGGACAAUUUAAAGCCAUGGGAGCUCUUAAAGAGCUUCGAAAAAUUAGCGACAUUUUAUCACAAAUGUAACAUGAUAUUCUUUGUUUCUAUACAUAGCAAAUGCAUAUAUUGUAAUUACCAUUUUCGAGAGUCCUUAAUAAAUGAGUUUCUAAGGUUUCUCAUGUAAA